AUGUCCGUCCCCGCAGAGAGCUCUCACCCGGGGGAGGAAGGCCGCGCUACUCCUCAUGCCCGGUACACGAAGCAGAGCGGGACGGCGAUCGACAGACUCGCCGACGAUCUCCUCGUCGAGAUCCUCUCGCGCGUCCCCGCCAAGUCGCUCCUCCGCUUCAGGUGCGUCUCCAGCCACUGGCUGGCGCUCAUCGACCACCCCGACCACCGCAAAAGGCUGCCCCAAACCCCGGCCGGCUUCUUCUACGACAACAAGUACACCGGCGAGUGGUUUCUGCAACCACCUCCCCACUUCACCAGUUUCCCAGGGAGACGGUGCCCUCCGAUCGACACCUCUUGCUCCUUCCUGCCCAACCAUGAGCGCGUCCAUCUGUUGGCCUGCUGCAGCGGCCUCCUCCUCUGCCGCUGGCGCGACGCCUCCGCGCAGGGUGACGAGUUCCGUUAUGUCGUGUGCAAUCCCGCCACGGAGAAGUGGGUCGUGUUGCCGAGCUCCGGCAAGGCCACCAGCGAGGUGGCCACCGCACGUUUGGGCUUCGACCCAGCCCUGUCGUCGCAUUUCCAUGUGUUUGAGUUGGUAGAUGAGCAGGAGCCAAACUGGCACCCUCACAUCGCCGGAGUGGCAGUGUAUUCGUCUGAAACUGGAGCAUGGGUUUAUAAACAAGAGAGAUGGAACAAGCAAAUUAGGCCCAUUGAUCGUCGGUCAGUAUUUGUCUUUCUUAAUGGCCACCUGCAUUUUCAACCCAGCGCUCGUUGGUUAUCCCAUCAUCUAGCCAUGGUAGACACAGAGGGGGAAACAUGGAUGAACUUCAGUCUCCCUGGUGGUUUGGAUGAUGGUUUUAUUCAGCGAUCACAAGACCGCUUGCAUUAUGCCAAUUUUCAGGGAUAUGGAGGUGGUGCCAUUCGAUUAGUAGUUUAUGUUCUGGACAACUAUCAAAGCAGAAAAUGGAUAUUGAAGCACAGCAUCGAAGCUUCAUACAUAUUUCGAGGGAUGGAUGCCUACCUUCUUGGUCGUUUUGGAUGGGCUGCGAUGGAUUUUGGUUGGAUUGCGAUUCAUCCGGAAUGCAACACGAUAUUCUUCACUGCCGGGUGGGAUACCACAUUCAUGUGCUACAAUAUGGAUCUUCGACAAGUCAAAGUGAUCUCCAAUCUGGAAGAUGGCCAGCCGCCAUAUCUGCCAUAUGUGCCAUUGUAUGCAGAGUUACGGUCAUUGCACAUUUGACAUCAGUCUGAGUUGGUGGCUUUAUAAGAAGUGGAUCUUCGACAAACACUAGUUCUUUGUGCUAUGGAACAGCCUGGUUGGUAUGUUUGCUCGAACUGGGCUAUUGUUUUAUCUGACUGAUGUAUGCAUGCUUUUAUGUUUCGAGUGUGGUGGUU